UGUCAACAAGAAUAGCAUGGUAAGAUCGCGAUUAAAUGUUUGUUGUAUCUUUGAACAGGCAAUGGUUAAUGCCAAAAUAACACGUGCUUCAUAUGAUUUCUAAUCUAAUAAUAGUAUGAUAUGAUUUUUUUUUUUUUUUUUGUUUUCUUCUUCGAAAGAAAAAGUUCUUUUAUUUGAAGAAAAGAUUAAGAGGUUGAAUUUCACUAAAUAAAAAAGAAAUAUGCUUCAUGGCAGUUGGUGGGACAAUGCAGAAAUUGGGAUAAAUUUUCCUACCCACUACCACCGACUAUAGGUUUAUUAUAGGAGGACACACACAAUUUGACAUUCGUUCAUGGAUUAAAUAUUUUAGAUUUUGAUUUUUGCCUGUUUAUUUAUUUAUUGACGAGAUAAAGGAAAAAAAAUGGAUGUUCUCAUUUUCUUUUUCUUUUUUAUUUUUUUAUUCCAAACAGAGCAGGGAAAAGAAAAAUUAAAAGAAAAUACUGUAAGCAGGUGGUACUGGGUAGCAAGUAGCAAUGGAAAUGGAAGGCCACGAGGCGUUCUUUGGUCAUUUUAAAGUCUCCGAACCUAAACUCUUCGUAGUUCGGGGUGUGCCGUCGUAGAUUCGGAGGCUUUACUUCGCAAAGGGCAAUUUCUGUUUCAGCUCUGCUUGAAGAGAUUAAAUGGCAAACAAUCCCUCACAGCUCCUCCCUUCAGAGUUGAUAGAUCGGUGUAUAGGGUCGAAGAUAUGGGUGAUCAUGAAAGGUGACAAGGAACUCGUUGGCACGCUCAGGGGUUUCGAUGUCUAUGUCAACAUGGUCCUCGAAGAUGUCACUGAAUAUGAAAUCACUGCUGAAGGGCGACGAAUAACAAAGCUUGAUCAGAUUUUGCUUAAUGGAAACAACAUUGCCAUUGUUACAAUCUCAGUUCUGAUGGGAAUUCUGGCCACCAUCUUUAGCCAGUGUCAUGGUUGCAGAGGAUGCACUUACGAUCUUAUUCUGCUGAAGGAUUCUUUUAGUGUUCUUAGCCAGUGUCUAUUUCUAGUGUUCUUACUUAAAUCAGAUACCAUUAGCUCUUGUAAAUGCCCUCUUAGAAACAAGUGUGGAUUUUAAUAGAGAGGAGCAAUUUUAAAAUCUGUAAACUAUUGUGGCCCCUAAAGCUUGCUGUUUCAAGGAAAUUAUUGGAAUAAGAAAGUUUUUUUCAGUA